AUGUGUUUAAAGAGCUAUAAUAAUCACACCAUGUUGUACAGAUCUUGUUUCACUUUACUGUCUGGAACUGUAUGUGGUACAGAAGCUGUCACUGGUGUAGCUAGCGCUUUCGCUCGAUACUUUUCAACUAAGUGUUUCUCUAGCAAGACAAAAUUCCUCAGAUUGCACUUGUACAUGACAUUGAUGAAAUCUCCCACAAUGGGGAUUAGCCCAAUACCAAAAUCAAAGGCAAUAUUGUACUUCAUCUUCAGGACUAAGGCUGGAGGUAACCCUCCGUCUAUCUUCUCAGCCGUUCUUAACAAUUGCAUCGCUAAUGUGGCGGCAAUUAUGUCACCGAUCCAUGGAAUAAGGCCAAUAAUGCCAGCCCAACCUAAACGUAUCCCGCAGAUACUUAACUGUAAAUCCAAACGAUACGCUUUUCGCUUGACAGAGUUCAAGAUUUUCAAGUCGUGCUUACCUAUGAAGUCAGGAAGUUUCCUCUUUCUUUUACUUCCCUUUUUUUGGUAG